CUGGUGGAUGGUUCCUGGAGCAUCGGACGCAUCAACUUCAGGCUGGUUCGGACCUUCCUGGAAAACCUGGUCCGGGCCUUCUCUGUGGAGUUCGACAAGACGAGGAUCGGCCUGGCUCAGUACAGUGGAGACCCCAGGAUCGAGUGGCAUCUAAAAACUCACACCACCAAAGCGGCUGUGAUAGACGCUGUGAAAAACCUGCCGUAUAAAGGAGGGAACACACUAACAGGUUUGGCUCUGACCUUUAUCCUGGAGAACAGUUUCAAAGCAGAAUCUGGCUCCAGACCUGGGGUCCCAAAAAUAGGAAUCCUCAUCACGGAUGGGAAGUCUCAGGACGAUGUGAUCCCCCCCGCACAGAGUCUGAAGGAUGCUGGGAUUGAACUGUUUGCCAUUGGUGUUAAAAACGCCGACGAGAACGAGCUGAAGGCCAUCGCGUCGCCUCCUGAGGAAACCCACGUCUACAACGUGGCGGACUUCAGCGUGAUGAGCGACAUCGUGGAAGGCCUCACCAAGACCGUCUGUGACCGCGUGGAUCAGCUCGACAAACAGAUUAAAGAGGGAGGAGAACCGGCCCCCCCUCCCAGCGCCAUCUCUCCCCCUCGUGACCUCGUGACAUCCGAGAUUACAGCUCGCAGCUUCCGUGUGACAUGGACCCACCCUCAAGGCCAAGUGGAGAAAUACCGGGUGGUCUACUACCCCGCCAGUGGAGGACAACCAGAAGAAAAAGUGGUCCAGGGGACGGUGAACAGCGUGGAGCUGAGCUACCUAAACUCCCUGACGGAGUACCAGGUGGCUGUUUUUGCCAUCUACCGCAGCUCCGCCAGCGAGGCCCUGAGAGGAAGCGCCACCACACUGGCCCUGCCCAUGGUGAACGACCUGGAGCUGUUUGAUAUCACUCACAGCACCAUGARGGUCCGCUGGAAGACCGCCGCCGGGGCUUCAGGGUACAUGAUCCUGUACGCCCCGCUGACCGAGGAGGAAUCUGGAGAUGAGAAGGAGGUGAAGGUGGCAGACACUGUGAAUGAGGUGGAGCUGGAGGGACUGACUCCAGCUACCGAGUACACGGUAACAGUUUAUGCCAUGUAYGGAGAGGAGGCCAGUGACCCCAUGACCAGCCAGCAGACCACAUUACCGCUGAUCCCAGCAAGGAACCUCCAGUUCUCAGAGGUGGACCACAGCUCCGCCCGGCUCACCUGGGACUCUGCCAACAGGUUGGUGAGAGGCUACCGCAUCAUGUACGUCAAAACCAAGGGGGUCCAGACCAACGAGGUGGAUGUUGGAAAGGUGACGACCUACGUUCUUAAGAACCUGACCUCCCUGACGGAGUACACAGCUGGCGUCUUUGCCAUCUACGAUGAAGGAGAAGCUGAAGCUGUGACUGAGAGCUUCACCACAAAGACCGUCCCAGACCCGCUGGACCUGACGAGUAGCGACAUCUUCUCAGACAGCUUCAGGGUGUCCUGGAGGCACCCGGCAUCCGAUGUGGUUCUGUACCGACUCAUCUGGACCUCCACCGAUGGAGGAGACAGUGAGGAGGCUCUGGUGGACGGUAAUGUGAACACCUACCUGAUAAAAGGACUCAGCCCCGACUCAGAGUACGAAGUCCUCCUGGCUGCCAUCUAUGGGAACGAGGUUGAGAGCGAUGAGGUGGUCCUCAUAGAAACCACAGCUAAAAGAACAACUACUGUUGCUACAACAACCACAGUAGUAGCAGCUCCUCGGUACGGGGUGAAGAAUAUAAGGAUUGAUGAAGAAACCACAUUUAGUAUGCGGGUGUCGUGGCAGCCUGUGGACUCCAGAAACGUCCGUCAUUAUCGACUGACCUACAUCAGCGCAAAGGGAGACAGAGCCGAAGAGACAAGGACGGUGCCCGUUGGUCAGAACAGCCUGACUCUGCAGCCUCUCCUGUCAGACACAGAGUACAAAGUCUCCAUCACUCCUGUUUACACCGAGGGAGACGGAGCGGCUGCUUCACAACAGGGACGCACACUUCCUCUUUCGGCUCCAAAGAACCUGCGAGUCUCGGAGGAAUGGUACAACCGCUUCCGGAUCAGCUGGGACAUCCCACCUUCACCCACCAUGGGGUACAGGGUGGUCUACCAGCCUCUGUCUGCCCCUGGGUCGGCUCUGGAGACCUUUGUGGGGGAAGACGUGAGCACCAUGCUGAUUGUGAACCUGCUGAGUGGGACAGAGUACAGUGUCAAGGUCAUCGCCUCCUACACCACCGGGUCCAGCGAGGCUCUGUCAGGAAGGGCCAAGACCUUGUACCUCGGGGUGACUAACCUGAGCACAUACCAAGUGAGGAUGUCCAGCGUGUGUGCUCAGUGGCAGCCUCACCGACACGCCAGCACAUACAGAGCGGUUCUUCAGUCUGCUGUCGGUGGCCAGAAGCAGGAGACCAGGCUGGGCGGAGGAGCCAACAGGCACUGUUUUAACAACCUGAAGCCCAACAUGGAGUAUAAGAUCAGUUUGUACGCUCAGCUGCAGGACGGGACUGAAGGUCCUGCAGUCACAGCAUCAGUGAAAACACUACCGGCCCCGACCCCAGCGCCCGUCAAACCCCCCACCACCACGCCGCUGCCCACCAUCCCCGCUGCCAAGGAAGUUUGUAAGGCAGCCAAAGCAGACCUGGUCUUCCUGGUCGACGGCUCCUGGAGCAUCGGUGACGAGAACUUCCUGAAGAUCAUCCGGUUCCUGUACAGCACCGUCGGAGCUCUGGAUCGGAUCGGCCCAGAUGGCACACAGGUGGCCAUUGCCCAGUUCAGUGACGACGCCCGGACCGAGUUCAAGCUGAACUCGUACAGCAACAAGGAGCGCCUGCUGGAAGCCAUCAACAAGAUCAGCUACAAGGGAGGAAACACAAAAACAGGACGAGCCAUCCAGCACGUGAAGGAAAACAUAUUCACGGCUGAGGGAGGCGUCAGGAGGGGGGUCCCCAACGUCCUCGUGGUCCUAACUGAUGGUCGAUCCCAGGAUGACGUCAAUAAAGUCUCCAAAGAGAUGCAGAUGGAAGGUUACAUUGUGUUUGCCAUCGGUUUUGCGGAUGCCGACUAUGGGGAGCUGGUGAGCAUCGCCAGCAAGCCGAGCGACAGACACGUCUUCUUCGUGGACGACCUGGACGCCUUCCAGAGGAUUGAGGAGAAGCUGGUGACCUUUGUGUGCGAGGCUGCGACCGCCACUUGUCCAUCAGUACGAAUGAGUGGCAGUACAACUCCAGGUUUCCGUAUGAUGGAGCUGUUCAGCCUGGUUGAGGAUCAAUACAACAGCAUCUCCGGUGUUUCCAUGGUUCCUGGCACUUUUAAUACAUUCCCCUGUUUCCACCUGCACAGCAAUGCUCUGCUGGCUCAGCCAACCAAGUUCAUCCAUCCUGAGGGGCUGCCCUCUGACUACACCAUCACUCUGCUGUUCAGACUGCUGCCCGACACACCRGAGGAGCCCUUCGCACUCUGGGAGAUCCUCAACAAGGACAACGAUCCGCUGACCGGAGUCAUCCUGGACAAUGGAGGAAAAACACUGACUUUCUUCAACAACGAUUACAGGGGAGACUUUCAGACAGUCACCUUUGAAGGGCCAGAAAUUAAAAAGCUGUUCUUCGGCAGCUUCCAUAAGCUUCACAUUGCGAUCAGCAAAACCAAUGCCAAAGUGUUCAUCGACUGCAAAAUGGUGGCCGAGAAACUCGUCAACGCGGCAGGAAACAUCACCACGGACGGAACCGAAGUUCUGGGCCGGAUGGUUCGCUCCCGAGCCAACAAGGAGAACUCUGCACCG